AUGGCAGAUUACGACAGUGAUUCCUCCGAGCAGGAGUUUACCGAGACAAAUGUCCUUCUUGGUUACGCCACUAAGGAUGCUGAUGAGGACACCAUUAGCCGUCUCGGCGGUCGACCUGAUUGGUUGAACCCUGACCAACCGCCGUCUGCGGCUCUCGCACGCUGCAAGAUCUGCAAUGAUAUCAUGGUCCAGCUUCUGCAGCUUAACGGCGAGCUCCCCGAAAAGUUUCCCGGCCACGAGCGCCGCUUGUACGUCUUUGCAUGCCGCAGGCCCUCCUGUCGGCGCAAACAAGGCAGCAUUCGCGCCCUGAGAGGAGUUAGAAUAUCCAAGGACGCGCCUUCAGUUUCCUCGAAGAAACAGCCUGCGCAGAAGACGGAAGUGAAGAAGGAGGAGGAGCCCAAGAAAGACGACGGUCCCGGCCUUGGCAGCGCGCUGUUUGGUGGCGGCUCAGGCGCUGCCAACCCCUUCGCCAGCAAUACGAACCCUUUCAGCACCGGUUCCUCAAGCAGCCCCUUUAGCACGACUGCGCCAUCCUCCAACCCUUUCUCAAAGCCUUCCGAGCCCAAGCCUACCGAAGAAGCCAAGCCUGAGCCGGAGGUCACGGCAGAAUCCCUCCCGAAGACUUUCGCCGAAACGCUCUCCCUCAACAACCCUCAGACACCCUCCGGCCCACCGCCGCCCUCGGAGCCUUGGCCUGAGGUAUCGGCUCAACCCAAGCCUUACCCGUUGUCCUACCUUGCGGACGCCGAGUUCGAGACUUUGGACCCGGAGCCUGCGGCGGUGCCGCAGAACGUGCGAAUGGAAGUUGACGAUGGUGCGGGAGGUGCGGGCGGGUCCACGGACACUAAGGACGUCUUUGAAUCAUCUAUGGACGCCAUCUUCCAGAAGUUUGCGGACCGCAUGGCUCAGAAUCCCGAGCAGGCCAUCCGCUACGAGUAUGGCGGCGUGCCCUUGCUGUACUCAAAGGCCGACGCCGUGGGCAAGGCCCUUACUGCUUCUGGUGGCAAGUUGCCGCGGUGCGGCAACUGCGGUGCCGGACGUGUGUUUGAGGUCCAGAUGACGCCGCACGCCAUUACGGAACUCGAGGCUGAGGAGUUAUCGCUCGAGGGUAUGGAUUGGGGCACGAUUAUCGUGGGUGUCUGCGAGGCGGAUUGCCAACAAAGAGGAGUCGAGGUUGGUGGAGACGGAUAUUUGGAGGAGUGGUGUGGUGUUCAAUGGGAGGAGCUUGCAAAGCGAUAA